AUUGCAUUAUCGAGGGUAUAGGCUCCAGUUAUGUCAUGCGCAAGGCUGUUGGUAUGGUUAAAGUAUGGACGUCUAAAAAUCUGCCAAAGUUUGCGUUUAAGAACAGGACGAAUGGACAUUGAUGCACCGACACGUCAUCGAGUCAAAUAUCUCAUAUCACUCAACCUGACAAGCAAGACAUUUCACGUUAAAGUGAACAAUUGCCCAACUACUAAUGAUCUAGUCUCUACGGGGAAAGUUCCCCCAUCAGGGAAUACCAGAGAAUGGGAUGAGGCGGGGCAUCAGUGGAUGUGAAAGCUCGUUAUCUCCGACUGCGGACUAAACCGAAUGAGUGUCCAUAGAAGGAAACGUUGCCGGAGCGCGCGGUGCGUUUCAGAGCAUGACGAAUUGACCGGAUGGUUGGCCGCUAACCCACGAUUCAUUAUUCAAUGGUCAAAACAACGUCUGGGUACUGGGUUUGUGGGCCCAAAUACCUCAAAAGUUUUUUUCAUUAAGAGGGAAAUAGUAAUUUUCCGUUGCCUCAUUUGUCAUUGAGUCGCGGUAGGCUACAUCAACAAGAUGGAUCUGGAAUAUCACACACCGCUUCGCACCCCAAUUUUCCCACCAAGGAGUUAAGCGGUUCAAGGUUGGGUAAUGUUGAUGUGGCUUUGUGCCUUUGCUCUGACAAACGUGGCAGAGCAACUUCGUCAUAUUCGUUCAUUAUUUUGCUAAAUGUUAUCUCUACCAGACCUUUGUCAGAAAUUAUCUCGCAAUUAUUAUCCACUGGCCAGUAUUGAAUGUCAUGUCUCACAGUUUGGAACAGGAGUUCAAAUUUACUAUUAAAACAGUAAUAAUGCGCAGCCUAUUUAACUCGCACAUAAAAGGUCUAGAUUAUUUUGUAUCUGCAUGGCUGAACUCAACUCUGUUUCUGUUAUAAUCUAUUUCAGGAAGAUACUCAGAAGAUUCUCAUCAGAGGGAGGAGGGCUAGAUUUGUUUUGACAGUCGACCGCCAUACACGGCGACUGAUUAGGAGGCGCGGCGUUUGAGUGCAUGCCAGCGGUAAUGAGGGGCAUGGAGAUGUUGCGCCGCUCGUCUGUGUUCGCGGCUGAAGUGAUGGAAGUAUUCGACCGCUCGCCAACAGACAAGGAACUCGUGUCGCAGUCCAAGGCCUUAUGCAGGGACUAUAUCCACUCUCGGUUGAACCGAGCGGGAAUAGGAUGGUCAAAGCCUGAGCACGGACUGUCGGCAUCGGGGGGCACGCUUGGAGAGGUGUCCUUAGUGCUCCUCUGGCUGGGUGACGAGUUGGAAUACCUCCGGCCCAACAUUUACCGAAAUGUAGCCCGCCAGUUGAACAUCACGGUGGCGUCUGAGAGCGUGGUGUCGGACGCCUUCCUAGCAGUGGCUGCUGACAUUUUCUCCACAGGUGUGACGUGGGGGAAGGUGGUGUCUCUGUAUGCUGUGGCGGGGGCGCUGGCGGUGGACUGCGUGCGUCACGGCCAUCCUGCCAUGGUGCACACCAUCGUGGACUGCAUGGGAGAGUUCGUCCGCAAGAGCCUGGUGACCUGGCUCAAGAGGAGAGGGGGCUGGGCUGACGUGACCAAAUGUGUGGUGAACACAGAUUCCAGCUUCCGGUCCCAUUGGCUGGUGUCAGCGGCGUGCGUGUGUGGACACUACCUGCAGGCUGUGGUUUUCUACCUGCUGCGGGACAAGUAAGGGGGCGUGUCCACUCCAAGGACUGUCUUCCCCCCGCGCCAGCUGAGGACUGCCCCCUGCCUCCUCUCAGCCAACCACGGCUGUGUUUACGCCUGCUUGAGUUUGCACUGAGCCUCCGUGAUCCCCACUCACCUGUACGAACACAACCCACUCACCUGUACGAACACAACCCACUCACCUGUACGAACACAACCCACUCACCUGUACGAACACAACCCACUCACCUGUACGAACACAACCCACUCACCUGUACGAACACAACCCACUCACCUGUACAUGUAGCUUCCAUGAUACAGUUCAGUCACAUGCAAUCCAGUUCAAAUGUCAUCAAGGUAUUUGACUCCUUUGCAGGAGUCCUGAGAGAGUAUUAGAGUCAUUCAGAGUUACAGGAGUAAUGCCCCAUGGACAAUAUUCUAAUGUGAGAACAUGUUAAAGAUUAUCAUUACUGGUGAACAAAUAACUGGUGAAUAAUUUCAAAUGAAUGAGACCUGGUUUGGGAAAGAAAUCUGCUGCCCCCUUGUGUUUGGAGGUCAGAAUGAUACGAGCGAACAAUUUUUCAUUGGGUAGUAGGCUAUAUUAUAAUCCAGUACAAACUAUUACAAUCGAUCACUGCAAAUGUAAAUUGCACAAAUCGUGUGUGGGUGUGUGAGUGAGUGUGUGAGUGAGAGAAUAAAGUUAGACAGAGUCAUUUUUUGUGUGAGGACGUGUCAGCGGGACUUUGACCUGUUGUGCAAUUAUAAUUGCACAAAAGGUCAAAGUUUCUAUAGCAACUAAACAAUGUCACGUUCUUUAUCGUUAUUUUUACUGUCUUAGUUUUCAUUAUUUAAAAAAAAAAUGUAAAUAUCUACAGUUUAUGUUAGGCAUGCAGCACAGUGUCUCCUCUAGAAAUAAACGACUUUAACGAC